AUUUGGAUUCCAAAUUGACUGGCCAUGAGUGCAAUUGACUUGACUUCCAUCCUCGAUCUUCUGGACGUGGGAAAUUUCUCUGAUAGCAACUGGACGUGCAACAAUGGAGACUGCAUCAUUGUGGACACACUCUCAUGCCCUAGCACACUUAAUAAAAGUGUCUUACUGUACACCCUCUCUAUCUUCUACAUCUUUAUCUUUGUGAUAGGGCUGGUGGCCAACUCGGUGGUUGUCUGGGUCAAUCUCCAGGCCAAAGCAACUGGUUAUGAAACCCACCUCUACAUCUUCAAUCUAGCCAUCGCCGACCUGUGCGUUGUCAUCACCCUUCCAGUCUGGGUGGUCUCCCUUGUCCAGCAUAACCAAUGGCACAUGGGAGAAAUCACAUGCAAGAUCACUCACCUUAUAUUUUCCAUCAACUUGUUUGGGAGCAUCUUCUUCCUGGCAUGUAUGAGUGUGGACCGCUACCUCUCAGUUGCCUACUUCACCAAUUCCAGUAACUGCAAGAAGAAGAUCAUCCGACGCUUCAUCUGCAUCUUUGUGUGGCUUCUCGCCUUCUGUGUCUCUCUCCCAGACACCUAUUACCUGAAGACCGUCUCUUCAAACAAUGAAACUUACUGCCGCCCUCUCUAUCCAGAGGAGAGCUUCAAAGAGUGGCUGGUUGGCAUGGAGCUCAUCUCUGUUGUGUUGGGCUUUGCCAUUCCUUUCCCCAUCAUUGCUCUUUUUUAUUUUCUCCUUGCAAGGACCAUCUCUGCCUCCAGUGACCAAGAAAGGAAGAGCAAUGGGAAGAUCAUUUUCUCUUACGUUGUUGUGUUUCUUGUCUGCUGGCUGCCCUACCACGUGGUCGUCCUGCUCGACAUCUUCUCGGUCCUUCAUUUUAUACCCUUCAGCUGUCAAAUGGAGAACUUUCUGUAUGCGGCUCUUCACAUCACCCAGUGUUUCUCCCUCAUCCAUUGCUGCGUCAACCCCAUACUCUACAGCUUCAUCAACCGAAAUUACAGAUACGAGCUCAUGAAAGCCUUUAUUUUCAAGUACUCGGCCAAAACAGGCCUCACCAAACUUAUUGAUGCUUCCAGAGUAUCCGAAGCUGAGUACUCUGCUCUGGAGCAAAAUGCCAAAUGAUUAUCACUCCCUAAGGACUCCUCUUGGACCUUUUCAUAUGUGUCUCUGAUGGGGCGUGAAUUCACAGCGUGGAAGAGAAAUACAGAACCAUAAUUUAAAUUUAGAGUUUGGAGCAAACCAAAAUCAUGCAUUUAUUUUAACGUGUUUUGUUUUAUCUACUGCUAGCUAAUCCAGACUUUCUGGAACGAGACCAGGGUGCAAAUUCUAUGCAAAUGGGGGAGAAUUUGUAGUGAACAAAGCCAUUGUGUACCACGGAUAUCACGUCUUCAGGAUAGGCUUGUUUCCCCAUGUGUAAAGGAGACCCUCUCUUGGUUUCAUUGUAUAUGUGUUAUAUAGAUAUAGAUAUAUAUAGCGUGUUGUAUUUAAAAACCCAAGACUUUAUUUUCUGGCUGUUGGUGUACUUUAUACAAAUGUCUUUGAAAGUUGAAAUAUAUUUUUAUCAUGUAUUUGAAGUAUAUUGCUGAUAAUUGUAUCCAGAGUGCUGUAGUCUGAAUGUUAG